UUCAAAUUGUGUCAUUUCGGCACAAUCCAAAAGGUGCGAAUAAAUAUGGCGCCCAUCACAGUCGAUUUCCCGCCAAAUCGAACGUUCCCCAAUUUUCCCAACAAAAUGACCAUUUCUCUAAACCCUACUUUCUUCUUCUUCUCUUGCAUCUUCCAAAAUCCCAAAAAUCAGUAAGAAGAGAGAUCAGGAAGCAACAAGAAGAAUGAAGGGUGGUACAGUUCAGAUCAAUUGGCACGACAGCAAGCCUGUUUUGUGCCUUGAUUUUCACCACCUCACCGGCGUUAUUGCUACUGGUGGCGCCGACUAUGACAUCAAGAUGUGGGUGAUUAAUUCUGAAGAAAAUGAAAAGAAAGCGCCUUCAGUUACAUACCAGGCGAGCCUUUCUUACCAUAGUGGUGCUGUGAAUGCGCUUCGGUUCUCCCCUUCAGGAGAGCAUUUGGCCUCUGGUGCAGAUGGUGGCGAGCUCAUCAUUUGGAGGCUACAUUCUUCAGAUGACAGCAAAACAUGGAAAGUCCUAAAGACGUUAUCAUUUCACCGGAAGGAUGUAUUGGACUUGCAGUGGUCUGCUGAUGGUUCUUUUUUGAUUUCUGGUUCUGUCGAUAAUUCGUGCAUCAUAUGGGAUGUCAACAAAGGUUCUGUUCAUCAGAUUUUGGAUGCUCAUUUGCACUAUGUGCAAGGUGUGGCAUGGGAUCCAUUAUCCAAGUAUACCGCCUCACUCAGUUCAGAUAGAUCUUGCCGGAUUUACAGCAAUAGACCAUCUAAAACAAAAGGAGUUGAGAAGUUGAAUUUUGUGUGUCAACAUGUCAUUAUGAAGGUUGAACCACAACUGCCGGAUGAGUCCAAGUCUAAAAAUCAUCUCUUUCUUGAUGAGACACUGCCAUCUUUCUUCCGAAGGUUAUCUUGGUCUCCUGAUGGUUCCUUUCUGCUUGUGCCUGCAGGUUCUUACAAGUUUACACCUGCUUCAGAACCAGCAAACACUGCUUAUGUGUUUUCUAGGAAAGAUCUCACAAGGCCAGCUUUAAUGCUCCCAGGUGCCAGCAAACCUGUCAUUGCUGUACGCUUCUGCCCCAUGACAUUUAGCUUGAGAGGAUCAAGCAAUUCAUCAUUCUUCAAGCUUCCUUAUCGUCUUAUUUUUGCUGUGGCUACGUUGAAUUCCUUGUACAUCUAUGACACAGAAAGUGUUCAACCAAUAGCUAUUGUAGCUGGUCUUCAUUAUGCUGCUAUAACAGACAUAGCAUGGUCGGCUACUGGGAAAUAUCUGGCAUUAUCCUCCCAAGAUGGUUACUGCACUCUGCUAGAAUUUGAUAAUGAGGAACUAGGAUCCACUUUCUGUAGGCCAGAAAAAGAAGCAGCUGCAGAUGAUAAAAAUAGUGUGCUGAAACAGGAAGAAAAUGCUCCAGAAGUUAUUGGUAGUGAGAAAUGCAUGGAUAUAGAUAGUGCAAAAACAGAAGAGAAAAGAGAAGUGAAACAAGAUUCAACAAUAUCAACCCCUCAAAUUCCUAAAAAGGCUACCAGAAAGAGGAUUACACCAAUGGCGAUUGAUUAAUUUUUUGGCAGUUAUCUGAUAUUCCAGUGUUUGUUUUUUUUUUCUAUUUCCUUUUAUAAGGGGGGAUAUGAGGCUCAGAAAGUGUUUUGAGGGAAAUUUGGACAAUUUUUCAUGUACAUAUGUAUACCAGUAAUAUUGUAAGCCAAGUCAUUUGCUGAAUAUUUUCCCUGUUAUAUAUAUCUAGAGUGAUUUUUAA